AUCUAUAUAAAACAGGGUGGUAAAAGUAGAAUUAAAUGACAGUAAAAUAUUAACGGACAGGUUUAUAACAGGUUAAAAACUGUGAAAAAAUUUUGAGGAUUACUAAAGGUUAAACAUGGCUGAAAAAAAGAAAUCACUAUCAAAAAAAUUAACAGCAUCGAAAUCAUUAUCAUCAUCAACAUCUUCAACAUUUUCCACAGCAUCAGAUGAAGAUCUUAAAGUUUAUUGCCAGUCUUGUGUUAGGGAAGGAGCUAAACUUCCUGCCCAUGGUUACUGCACAGUUUGUAAGGAGCAUCUUUGCAAGACAUGUUUUAAUGUUCACAAAAAGCAUAAACUGUCGAGACACCACACUCUUUUGGAUGCAAAAAGGAUGCCUAUAUCCUUAAAUCAAUUUUCAGCAUCCAUAAAUAUAAGCCAGCAUUAUGACCUGACCCAACCCUGCACUAUGCAUUCAAAAGAGAAGAUCAAGUACUACUGUCAUGACCAUAAGGAGUUACUCUGCAGUGUUUGUGUUACCCUUAAACAUCCAAAUACUGUCUGCGAAGUCAACUAUAUACCAGAUAUUUCAAGUAAUAUUAUUGACAGCAAAGAAUAUCAAGAUAUGUUAAAAGCUAUAAAAACCACUGCUGACGAAUGUAGAAAUAAAGUGAAAGAUAUCAGGGGCAUGACAGGCAAAUCCAACAACUCUUUGAAAGAUGUAUUGGCAGAUAUCAAAAAGUAUCGACAAGAAAUCAACCAAAUUCUAGAUGAACUGGAAAAACAAGCUGAAGAUAUAGCAAAAUUAGCAGAACAAGAUGACGAAAAAUCAUUGAAGGCAGUGGUAACAUCACUGGAUGAUUUAACCAAAACUCUGGAGACAUCAUCAGACACUCUUAAACAACUCAACACAUCAAAACAGGCUGAUAAACUGUUUCUGGAACUAAAACUUGCAGAGAAAACAAAGAAAGAUGUUGAAGAAAAUAUGUUGAAGCUUACAUCACAUGAUGUCAAAUACAUUUUUAACCCAAACAAGGCAAUACUUACCCUUCUUAAAAAAGAGAAGUCUUUGGGUUCACUGACACAAAGAUAUAAAAAAUCUCUUUCUAAAUCGGUGCUGAAAAAAUCAAGGCAGGCAUCACAUCAGAGCACACUUUGUGUAAAAACACCAAAAGAUAAAUAUGAAUGCUUGGUAAGUGCGAUGAUUUUCUUCACUCCUGAUUGCCUUAUCAUUUCUGACUACCUAAACAAGGCAUUAAAGGUGGUGGAUACCAGUACUAAGUCAGUCACUGAUCAAUUACAGCUAGAUGGUAAACCUUGGGAUAUCACCAAAAUAACCAAUACAGAACUUGCUGUCACAUUUUCUUUAAAACAAACCAUUCAAUUUAUAUCAAUCUCUAAUAACAAACUCAGAAAGAACCGCACUUUAAAGGUUGACGGAGUAUGUCAUGGAGUAGGCUGUUACCUAGGUAAACUUGUUGUGUCAUUCUGUGACCCAGCAAAAGUCCAGAUUAUUGAUAUGAAUGACACUGUUCUUUCAACAAUUGAUGGAGAAACAAAAUUCAAAAAUCCACAGCACAUCCUGACAAACAGUCAUUCUAUCUAUGUGUCUGAUUUGGAAUUGAGAAGGGUAGUACAAUUAAGCUGGCAAGGUAAGAUGAACGGCAGCUACGGAGUUCAGGGAAACCCAUGUGGAAUAGCACUGUCAGAUGAUGGAACUGUCUUUGUGUGUGAUGAUAAAAGGAAUGUUAUAGAAGAGAUAUCAGGAGAUUGUUCUAAGGGGGAGGUUUUACAUGAGGAUCUGAAGAGUCCCCAGGCUGUGUGUUGGCAUAGUGAAACCAGGAUGCUGUAUUACAGCUGUUAUUGUCAUGAUGAAUGCUAUGACAACUACAUUCACAUCUAUAAAUACUCAUAAACAUAGGAAACAGUAGGUGAAAAUCAUAGAAUAAACAUACUCAAUAUGCACUGAUUGUAACUAUGUGUAUAUAUAUAUUUGUUAACUAUAAACACAGAAGAUGACAAGAACAU